AUGGGUCUCGACGUAGACGUUGACCAGGUUACGAAAAUAAUCACAACGCAAGCUGAUAUUGGCUGCAUGUUUAAGCCUGUCGACGGAAGUGAAGCGGGUGAAACAGAAUCUGACGACGAUGAAGAUGAAGAUGUUUUUGGAAUGAUCACUAUUUUGGACAUGACUCAAAAUACCGUAGUCUCAAAUCAGAUGAGAUCUUCACUGCUUGAUAAGUGCAAGCGUUCGAACUUGACUGCAGACAAUAAAGCGAAGUUUGCAAGCGUUUUUAGCGGGGACAACAGGGUCGCUUUGUUGAUCAAUGAACGAUUUAUUGGAAUACCUCCGAAAAUCGCGCUUCCUGCUUUCGAGUGUCUAAAGAAAGAGCUGCUUACCAAGUCACCCUCCUUCACGCAUUUUUUGUCUAUUUUACUGAUUUCCAAGGCAGAACCUCUUGAAACUGGCCAGAAGCGGAGACACAAGAAGGAAGACGGCGAUGACAACAGUGAAACCGUGUUUCUUCACCCGGAAGCAAAAUUUCUUCAGGAGGUGAGCCACGUCACUUUCGACUACGAGGUUGAUAUGAAGUUAGAGGAAGAAGAGUUGCAUUCAUUCAGACGAGUAAUAGUCCUUGAAAGUUGCGACUUGGAAACGUUUGUCGAAAGUUUAAAAAAUAAUUUUGAAAAUUCCUAA